AGCGGCGGCGCCCGGGCCGAGGAGGACCAGAGCGGACUCGGAGGACCCGGACAUGGCUGAGUACUUGAGGCUGCCCCACUCGCUGGCGUUGAUCCGCCUCCGAAACCCGCCGGUCAACGCGCUCAGCUUGGCUGUAGUCAAUGGAAUCAGAGAGGGACUACAGAAAGCUAUGUCAGACCAUACAAUAAAAGCCAUUGUGGUUUGUGGAGCAAAUGACAAGUUCUGUGCAGGUGCCGAUAUCAGUAGCUUCAGCAGGUCGUCCCCUGGCAUUUCUUUUGGAGUUGUAGUGGACGAAAUACAACGGUAUGAGAAGCCUGUGGUGGCAGCCAUCCGAGGCGUGGCCUUAGGAGGGGGACUGGAGCUGGCUCUGGGCUGUCACUACCGCAUUGCCCAUGCAGAGGCUCGUGUUGGCCUUCCAGAAGUUGCACUAGGAAUUCUUCCUGGAGCAAGAGGGACCCAGCUUCUCCCCAGACUCAUUGGAGUUCCUAUGUCUCUUGACUUAAUUACCUCAGGAAGACAUGUUUUGGCAGGCGAAGCCCUCAAGCUUGGUAUUGUGGAUGCAGUUGUCAAUUCAGAUCCAGUUGAAGAAGCGGUCAAGUUUGUCCAGAAAAUUUUAGAUAAACCCCUAGGGCCCCGCCGACUCUUGAACAAGUCAGUUCCGAGCUUGCCCAACAUGGACAGCAUUUUCAGUGAAGCCUUUGCCAAGGUGCGAAAGCAGUACCCAGGCUGGCUUGCUCCAGAGACCUGUGUCCGAGCUGUCCAGGCUGCCGUGAAGCUUCCCUAUGAACUGGGCAUCAAGGAGGAGGAGAAACUGUUUUCAUACCUUCAGAAGUCAGGGCAGGCCAGAGCCCUGCAGUACGCUUUCUUUGCUGAGAGGAAUGUGCAAAAGCAGUCACCUCCCUCUGUGGCAUCUUGGCAAACGGCGCCGACACGACCCAUCUCCUCAGUUGGUGUUCUUGGCUUGGGCACCAUGGGCCGAGGCAUUUCCGUGUGUUUCGCAAAGGCUGGGAUCCCGGUGGUUGCUGUAGAGUCAGACCCAAAGCAGCUGGAAGUUGCCAAGAAAGCAAUAGCAUCCAUGUUGGAAAGGGAGGCCUCCAAACUGCAGCAGAGUGGGCGAGCGUGGACAAGACCAACACUCACGUUCUCCUCGUCGCUGAAGGAGCUGUCCAGCAUGGACUUAGUGGUGGAAGCAGUGUUUGAGGACAUGAACCUGAAGAAGCGGGUCUUUGCUGACCUGUCGUCUGUGUGCAGACCGGAAGCUCUUCUGUGCACCAACACGUCAGCCCUAGACGUGGAUGCGAUCGCUGCUGCCACUGAUCGUCCUCACUUGGUCAUUGGCACCCACUUCUUCUCACCAGCUCAUGUCAUGAAGUUGUUGGAGGUCAUUCCCAGCCGCCACUCUUCCCCCACGACCAUUGCCACCAUCAUGGACUUAUCCAAAAAGAUUCAGAAGAUCGCAGUAGUUGUAGGCAACUGUUAUGGAUUUGUUGGCAAUCGAAUGCUGGCGCCUUAUUACAACCAGUCACAUUUCUUAUUAGAGGAAGGCAGCAAGCCAGAGGACAUAGAUGGGGUGCUGGAAGAGUUUGGCUUUAAAAUGGGACCCUUUAGAACAUCUGACCUUGCAGGUUUGGAUGUGGGUUGGAAGGUUCGCCAGGGUCAGGGCCUUACUGGCCCUGCAUUGCCACCAGGAACUCCUGCCCGAAAGCGGGGCAAUGUGAGGUACUGCCCGCUUGCGGAUAUGCUCUGUGAAUCAGGGCGAUUUGGCCAGAAGACAGGUAAGGGUUGGUAUCAGUAUGACAAGCCGUUGGGUAGGGUUCACAGACCUGACCCCUGGCUUUCCGAGUUCCUGUCGCAGUACAGAGAAACCCACCAUCUUGAGCCCCGUUCCAUCAGCCAGGAGGAGAUCCUCGAGCGCUGCCUGUAUUCCCUUAUCAACGAGGGAUUUCGUAUCCUGGGAGAAGGGAUGGCGGCCAGCCCAGAGCAAAUCGAUAUCAUCUACUUGUCUGGCUAUGGGUGGCCAAGGUACAGGGGCGGGCCCAUGUUCUAUGCCGCCACGGUUGGCUUGCCUGUGGUUCUGGAGAAGCUGCGGAAGUAUUACACACAGAACCCUGAUGUCCCUCAACUGGAGCCCAGUGACUACCUGAAGAAGCUGGCUGCGCACGGAAACCCGCCUCUGAAGGAUUGGCAGAGCUUGGCAGGGCCGCCUGGCAGUAAACUGUGAUUCGGAUUUCUACAUUUUGUCUCCUGUGCUGGGGUCUGGUAAAACCCACUGGUGUAAUCCAAAAGUCCAAAGUGAGAUUGCUCUGAAAUAAAAAGUCAUAUAAUAACAGUAAUAACAGCCAUAAUAAUUGGUGGCAAAAGCUCCUUUAUGGACUGUCUGUCUCAUGAGUCUGUGGGGCAGGUGUGCUCUUAACAAUAAUAAUAAAUUUUUAUGUUCAUAGAAUAGUAUGAUAGUUACACAUCCCCGGAAAUAUGUGAGUUUCUCAGGUGCAUUGGUUCUUGCAGAACUGUUUUCAAUUCAUAAGUAAUGGAUGCAAUUAAAUACCUCACCAGCUCCUUUAAUCUUGCAUAUACAGUAUUGAUGGGAACUCUAGUGGGUCAUAAUUCACAGAUAGUCACUGAACACCUCUUGGGUUCUUGCAGUAUCUGAGAGCACGUGGCAGAGCCAGUCCAGAGGACCUUUAAUCCAGAGCCUGGGUUGAAUUCCCGUCCAGUCUAGGAGGUGGAAUAGAGAUGGUUGCCAGGGCACAGUCAGCUGUGCACAUCCCCAUGCGCAGGAUGGACAAGCAGUGAUAGUAGCUAUAAAGAGGUGAAGCAUGGUUGCCAGUUUUUCAGUGUUCAAGGACGUUAGAACAAACUCAUAACUUGGCACCCAUACCCAUUACAUCUCUCUGUCCAAUACCCAGGCAUAUGUGCACAGUCGUGCUGGUUGCAAGGGGCCAUGCUUGUUGAUUAUUUCCCACACCAGGGAAUGCCCACAACCUUGUCUUAACAGACUUUAUUGUUCUAUUCAGGAUAAAUACAGGGGUGACGAUUCUGUUACUCUGUAACUAUACCAGAAAAUACUGAGUUACAUGGUUUAAAAAGUUAAUUAUAGCUGGGCAUGGUGGCACAUGCCUUUAAUCCUAGCACUUGGGAGGCAGAGGUAGGAGGACCACCAUGAGUUCAAAGCAAACGUGAGAUUACAUAGUGAAUUCCUGGUCAGCCAGAGCUAGAGUGAGACCCUAGCUCGAAAGCCCCUCCCCCAAAAUAAAAUAAUUUUUUAAAAAGUCAAAUUGUAUGGGGUACAAAUUAUAUAUCUCAAUAAAGUUAACACAAAUUUGUGUAAAAGAUCUGUUUUCAACAAUAUAUUCACCUGCUAAGCCAACCUCACCAGAAUUUUUAAAGAGAUAUCUUAAAUAAAUGGAGUAUAAAUUUUCUGUUAAAUCAACACAGCUUGGUACAGUGACUCAUGCCUGUAAUUCCAGCACUCAGAAGACCAAUAUAGAAUAAUCAGGAGUACAAGAUCAGCCUGGGCUACAUGCAUGAAACUUUGUCUAAUGAAAAGUAAAAACCAAGAAAACAAAAUAAAUUACAGAAACAUAA